AUGGCGUCAUUGCAUCUCGUUAUCAUUCUAUGUUUAUUUUACUAUUGUCGAUCAACUAAAUUACCAAAUCUUGUUGGUGAUAUUCUUUUAACUCGUCUUGAAAGUCCAUAUGAUAUUUCUGGUGAUACAAUUAUUCCUUAUGAUUCAACAGUUACAAUUGAAAGUGGAACAAUAUUAAAAUUUUCACGUGGUGCACAAUUUAUUGUUCGUGGUAGACUUUUAGCUAAAGGUACACCAGAUCGACGUAUUAUAUUUACAAGUUCAACAAGUGCACUUUAUCAUGAUCAACAACAAAUUCAUCGAAUAUCAAAUACAAAUAUUCGAUUUCGUCUUGUUGAUGGUUCAAAUAUUCAAAAUGGUCUUUUACAAAUGUAUUUUAAAAAUCGAUGGCGUUAUGUUUGUACAGAAUUUUAUCGAUGGUUUGAUUAUGAUGCAACAUUAACAUGUCGUAUGAUGGGUUUUCGAAAUGGAAGUGUUAUACCAUAUCAUAUAAAUGGUAGUGAAUCACCAUGGUAUGGUUUACAAAUUGAUCAUCCAGCAUGUCAAUUACAUAAAGAUGAACAUUUAUUGGAUUGUCCUGGUGUACGUGUACCACCUCAACUUGGAAUACAUAUAUGUGAUAAUAAACAAUAUGUUCGUCUUCAAUGUGAUGGAUUUUUUGAUCCAUUAGUUGUUCUUAAUUGGGGUGGAAUUGUUUUUGAAAGAAAAAUUCAAUCAAUCGAACAAUCUGAUAUUCCAUAUAUAUCAGAUUCAGCAUCAUCAUUAUUUAAUAAUCCUAAACAACAACCAUCUAUACUUAAUUAUGUUGAUAUUUUACAUGCUGGUUUAAGACCAGAAUUAACUAUACGAUCAUAUGCUGAACGUUAUGCUGCUAUAACUGUAUUUGAUAAUAUAAUUAAUCCAAUAUUUGAUAAUAUUACAAUACUUUAUUCUGCAUCAGAUGGAAUGAAUUUUUCUAAUAUUGGAAGUUCUAUUCGAUUAAAAAAUUCUAUAUCAGCUUAUAAUCGAGGACAUGGUAUUGUUGUUACAAGUCGAUAUGGAAAUGUAACAUUAGAUAAUGUUCAUAUACAUAAUAAUGCUGGUGAUGGUGUACAUUAUACAUUAAAUAAUACAGAAUGGUCAAUUCGAGAACAAGAAGAAAAUCCACAACGAUUAUAUAAAUCAUUUUGUGAAACAGCAAAUACAGUAGAAUUUCCAAAUUAUUUUACUUAUAGACCACCAACAGCUGGAACUUGUUGUACACAAACUUUUUCUUCAUUAUAUAAUACACGAUUAACAGUUCAUUUUCAAUCAGUAUUUGUUGGUAAUUAUCGUACACGUUUUCGUGUUGAAAUUUAUGAUGGAAAAUUUGAUAUUAUGCCAUUAUUAGCAAAUAUAACAUUUAAUAGAACAAUAGAAAGUUUAUCAUCAUAUUCAAAUGAAUUACUUGUUCGUUUAUGUCAUUCAUGUGAUGAUGUUCGAAGUCGUUCAUGUUGGAAUCAAUCUGAUCGUAUACAACUUUAUGUUGUUAAUGAUAUUGGUCGUGAUGCUGAUAUACAUAUAUGGAAUAGUCGUAUUGUAAAUAAUUCUUUAAAUGGAGUUCGUAUUGUAAAUUUACGUAGUCUUAUUGAAAUUAAUCAAACAUUAAUCAAUUAUAAUCAUCGUCAUGGUCUUGAUAUUGAUUCUGGUGCAGGUGCUCUAUGGACAUAUCAUUCAAGUUUUAAUUUCAAUAAUGAAGAUGGUAUUCAUAUAAUUUAUGAUGGUGGUGAACGUCGUCUAUUUUAUUCUGAUAUAUCAUUUAAUAAUCAACAUGGUUUAUCUGUACGUCUUGAUUCAGCACCAAUUGGUUCUCAAUUAUCAUAUCUUGAUUUUUCGACAUUUGCAUAUCGUCAAAUAACAUUUAUAAAUGGUUCAUCAAUACGAUCAAAUGGUUUUUAUGGUUUAUGGCAUCGUUCUACAUGUCAUCCAGCAUUAUUCUAUAUAAAUGGUUCAUUAUUUGAACGUUCAGUAUAUGAUGCUAUUCGUUUUGAUUCAUGUCAACAUGAAUGGCGUCCACAAAAAGUAAUUGAUUAUCAAUUUCGUUCACCAAUGAUACCAUUUAAUAGUUUAUUACCACCACCACCACCACCAAGUAUUAUUUAUCAAGCACCUAUAAAUAUUUAUCCACAAUAUCCACCAUGGAUACCAGUUGCUUUAUUAUAUGCUAAUGAAACAGGUAAUACAAUAUUUAAUGUUAUAUGGAAUCGUUUUUUAAAUAAUAAACGUGUUGGUUUACGUUUAAAUCCAAUACAAAAUAUUCUUGGUGAUAUAACAAAUAAUUCAUUUAUUGGACAUGAAAAUGGUGCUUUAUUAAUUGUUGGUAAUAAAUCAAAUUGGAAUGAAGAUAUUUAUUUACGUAAUGUUACAUUAAGAAUAUUAUUUAAUAAUUUUACAAAUAAUAAUGGAAAAAAUUUUAUUGUUUCACUUGAUUUAAAUGAAUUAUCACCAUAUCAAACAAUAUUAUUUAUGUAUAAUCGUUUAAUUAAUAAUAAUAUAACAUAUAAAAUAUCAAAUGAUUUAAAUUCACGUUCACGUAUGUCUGGUAUAUUAACUAUUGGUUCAAGUCAUAUAAGAAUAACAAGAAAUAUUUUUGGAAAUAAACAAAGUCAAUUUGAUAUUGUUAGUCAAUUAAUAAAUUCUAGUGCAAUUAUUAAAGCAGAUAUGAAUUUUUUUACAACUAUUUAUCCACCACCAAUUACUUUAACACGAACACCACUUAGUACAUAUGAAAGAAAUCAACAUUUACAGUCUGCUAUACAUAAUUAUCAAUUAUAUCAAAAUCAAGAAAUUCCAUUACGACAAAAAUCUCCAUUACGUCGUAUAAUUAAUCGUACACGUCGUCAACAACAAAUACAAGUUCAACCUAUUUCUCAAAUAAGUUAUAGUUAUCUAUCAGAACCAUAUGAUCUUCGUACAGAUUUUUUUCCACCAGAUUCUGUUUUUCAACAUCCAUAUUCUCCACCACAAACUGUUGAAUAUUAUUUACCAAAUAUUCGAAAUGAAAUAUUAUCUGUACCAUCAAUAAAUAAAUCAAUAUUACUUUCAACAAUAAAUAAUGAUUGGCCAUAUUAUGCAUCACCAGCAUCAUCAAUACCAUAUUAUUAUUCACUUUAUUAUGAUCGUCCAGAAAUAUGUUUUUCUCAAUGGCCAAAUAUUCGUGAAAGAAUAUUUGAUCAACAUAAUCGAUCAAAUUUAGCACCUAUUAUAUGGUAUCCAUUUUUAUGUAGUGAUAGAAAUAUUACAACGGAAAUUUGGCAUUGUCAAUUACCUAAUUGUGGUUUUGAAACAACAAGUUUUCAUAUUAAUCCAUUAACAUCAACAAUAGGUGGAAUAAUUGAUACAGAUUAUAAUUUAUCACCAGGUCAUUAUAUUGUUAUAAAUGAUAUUUUAAUUAAACCAGAUAAACGUUUAACAAUUCAAAGUAGUCAAUUAGAAUUUUUAAAUGGUAUUGGAAUAUUUGUUCAUGGUGAAUUAAUUAUACAAGGUGUUGAUGGUUCACCAACACGUUUUGAUUUAUUUCAUAAUAAAUCUUCAACAAGUAUUUUAGUUAAUCAACAAAAACAACAAGAACAAAAUCAACGUGAAAUUAAUUUAAUUGAUGGACCAACAAUAUAUGAAGGUCGAUUAUUUAUUAUAAGUCAAAAAGAUGGUUCUGGUACAGUAUGUAAUCAUGGUUGGACUAAAGAAAAUUCUAUACUUGUUUGUAUGUCAUUGGGUUUUAUACAUGAUCCAAAUGAUUAUUUAUAUCCAAUGAUGAAUAUAAAUCAAACAAUAAUUAAUGAUCCAAUUAUAUGGAGUGAAGUUGAUUGUGAUUUAUAUCAAGAUCAAACUAUUGAACAAUGUAGAAAAGAAACUGUACAUACAUGUGAUCAUAUAGAUGAUGUUUGGAUUAAAUGUUUACCUCCUUCAUGGGCUGGUGUUCAUAUUUUUCCAACAUAUAGUAAAAUUCAAUUAGAAUUUGUUCAUUUUGAUUCAGCUGGUCAAUAUGAUAUACAUAAUGAUGAAAUUCAUGCAGCAUUACAUAUUGAUUUACUUUCACAUCCAUUAAAUAUAUUAAAAAAUUUAACAUUUACAAAUAAUAUAAUAGGUUUACAAAUAAAUCAUAUACAUCCAAUAAAUUUAGAUUAUUCAAUAAUAUAUCAUUCAUCAUUUAAUUAUAAUUAUUAUCUUGGUGUUUUACUUCGUUCAAGUUUUUUUAAUUUUUCACAUUGUACAUUUACACAUAAUAAAUAUUCAGCUAUGAAAUUUGAUUCAUCAUAUACAUAUAAUGAACUUGAACAAUUACGUAUAAAUAUUGGACGUAGUCAAACAAUAAUACAUACAAUUGAUUUAUUAUAUGAUCAAUUUUAUGAACUUGAAAGAAAUAAAUUUGCAUAUAUAACAACAACAUUUGGUGGUUAUAAUUCAAAUGAUAAUAUAUUAUUUAAUACAUUAAAUAUUCGUACAGAUCCAUCAUUUAUAUUAGUUAUUGAUCUUAUUGAUUAUAAUCCAUUAUCAAAUAUAAAUGAACAAUUAAUUAUAUGUGAAGUUGAAUGUUAUCAACGUCUUGGUUUAAUACAAAAUUUAUCAUAUAAAAAAUGGUCAUUAGCUAAUGAUAGAGAUUUAUUUCCAUUAAUAACAACAUAUUCAAGUAUACAAUUUCAUUAUCGUCUUUAUCGUUAUCGUACAAGUCGUUUAACAUUUAUUAUAUAUAGUAUACCAGCACCAAUAUUUAUUCAAGGAAAAUAUUUUUCUGAUAUAUCAAUAAAAUUUCAUCGAUGUUUAUUUUCAUAUAAUCAACAUGAUAUUAUUUAUUAUUUAAAUGAUCGUGAAAAAACAAAUAAUCAAUAUGCAUUAACAAAACAAUUAAAAACUGAUAUUGAACGUUUAAUUGAACAAUUAUUAAUAGGUACAAAACUAAAUAAUAAUAAUAAUAAUAAUGAUCCAUCAUUUGAUAUUAUUGAAGAAGAAAAUGAAAAAAUUCGUCAAGAAUUUCAACAAGAAGAAUUUCAAGAUAAACAAUUUAAACGUCAAAUAACAAUAAUUAAUAUAAAAAAACGUUAUAAAAAUUCAACAAUACAAAUAAAUGAAUGUUUAUUUGAAUAUAAUCAAAAUCGUAGUAUAUUAAUUGAACAUCAAUCAAAAAAAUUAUAUUCAAAUCAAGUUGAAAAUAAUAUUAAAAUGUUAAUGAAUGAAACUAUACAAGAAAAAAAACAAUUUAUACCAAUACAAUUUACAUGUAGAAUUGAUAAAUCAAUUUUUAUUAAUAAUCAACAAGUACUCAAUCUUGAUGCUCAUCCAUUAAUAUUUUCUGAUCGUCUUAUUCGUUUUGAAAUAACUCAUACAAAUUUUACACAUAAUCAUAAUCUUCUAUUAAAUUUAACAUUUCCUCGUUUAUAUCCAUUUAAUCGAACAAUUUUUGCUAGUCAAUCUAUAUGGCCAUAUAUUUCAACAAUAUCUAUUCAUACAUUAACACCAUUAAUAUAUACAAUACCAUCACAUGGUAUACGUAUAUAUAAAAAUAUAUUUCUUGAAAAUGAAUAUUGUUCUAUACGUUUAAUGGGUUAUCAUACAUCAUUUAAUUUAACACAAUCAUUAUUUGAAAAUAAUUAUAAUCAUCAAACAUCAUUAAUUGAUUUACGUGAUAUAGAAAAAGAUAUUCUUAUUAAUGAAAAUAUAUUUUUACGUAAUCAAGUAAAUAAUUUAUUAUCAUUUGAUUCUCAUAGUCAUGCACCAUUUCAUAAUAAUUUACUUUAUCAAUCAUUAAUAUCAUUUAAUCAAUUUAUUGAUAAUAAACCAUCAUUAUUUACAAUAUAUCCAUAUUUACCAUCAUCAUGUAUACGUAUUAUUGGUUCACAUAAUAUAACAAUACAAAGAAAUUUAUUUGAAAAUAUUCAUUAUGAUUAUGAAUUAAUAAAUGCAUUAAUAACAGAUACAAUUAAUACAACAUUAGAUGCAACUAUUAAUUGGUGGGGUUCGGAUGUUUUACAAGCUAUACAUAAUCGUAUAUUAGAUUUUACAAAACGUUCUGAUCAUGCAUAUGUUAAAUGGAAUCCAUUUCUUGCUUGUAGAGAAUUAACAUGUGGACAAAUUCAAUUACCUAUAGAAACAAUAUUACAAAUGAAUAGACCAUUACGAGGUUUAAUAACAUCAAAUACAAUAAUACAUAAAAGACAUGAACCUUAUUUAAUAAAUGGAGAUAUAAUUGUUAUGCCUGGUAUUAAAUUAACUAUUGAAUCUGGUGUUGAACUUCAUUUUGCACCUAAUACUGGUUUAUUAAUAUUAGGACAUUUAAAUGCUAGUGGAACACCAAAAGAUCCUAUUUAUAUGAGAUUAGCAAAUAAAAAAUUUGUUAUUGAACAAAUUGCUAAUGGACAUAAUCCAUUUCAAUAUCAUUUUACUGAUGAAGUUCCUUUUUCAAAAUAUAAAUUUAAUCCUCUAAUUGAUCGUUUACAAAUUCGUCUUGAUAUUGGUCGAACAGCUAAUGAAGGUUUUCUUCAAAUAUAUAAUUGGACACGUCGUGAUUGGUCAUAUGUAUGUUAUGAUACAUUUCGACAAUUAUUUUCUUAUCGUUUAAUAUGUCAUCAACUUGGUUUACCAUGGAAAAAUGUUCUUGCACAUUCAGAUUCAUUUUAUUUAUUUGAUUAUCAAAAAUUACCUUUAUGGCAAGAAAAAAUUGAUUGUUCAGGUAAUGAACCAUCAAUAUCAUCAUGUUCAUUUACAAUUGAAAAUAAUAAUAUAUGUUCAAAAUUAUUUUAUAUAUCAUGUUAUGAUGAUAAUCUUUUCUAUACACUUAAUUCAAAUAUUCAACCAGAAUUUUCAAAUAAUCUUGGUGGAUAUCCAUUACCACAUUCAUCACCAACUUAUGAAAGUCCACAAUCUUGGAAUGGUAUUAUUUUUGCUAAUAAUGAAUAUGAAGAAGAUUUAUCAUCAUUAGAUUAUACAAGACAUGAUCAAUCUUUACUUCGUUAUGUAUUAAUAUCAGAAACAAAUGAUUAUCAACCAGCUAUACAAACAAUUUAUCGUACACCAGCUAUUGAACGUAUACAUAUUGAACAUAGUCGUUAUAUUGGUUUUGAAUUUCUUUUACCAAAACAAUCAAUUUUAUUUGGUUAUAGUCGUAUAACAAAUUCAUUAGAUUUAGCUAUUAAUGGUCUUGUUUAUUAUGGACAAUCAACACAUGAUAAAUCAACAUUUGAUUUAUUAUAUGAACAAAAUAUUAAUGGAAAACCUUUUAGUUUACUUAAUUUAUGUAAUGCACAUAGAAUUAUUAAUGUUAAAUAUCGUCUUAUAACAUAUUAUAAAUAUGAAUAUAAUUAUCGAACAUGUUCAAAAUUAUUUUGUUCAAAUAAUCCAUAUAAAAUUGGAAUCAGAUUUUUUCAAGUUAAUUUAUUGAAUAGUACAUAUCAAAAUGAUUGGAUUGAAAUUCAUCGUGUAAUAAAUGAUGAAGAUGGUAAUGAAAAAAAUGAAUUAUUAAUUUAUUUAACAAAUGGUUCAAGUAAUGCAGCAUGGAAACAUUUAUAUAGUAUUGAAAAAGGUUGUUUAAGAGUAACAAUAUAUGCAUCAAGUGGAAGUAAAAUAAAUGGUUUUAUGGCAGAAGUAACACUCUAUCCUAUAACACCAUUUUCUACACGAGAAAUUGUUCAUCAAAUAUCUGAUAAUGUCUUUUUGGGUAAUCAACAAGGUGUAUUAAAAUAUACAUCAGCAGGUGAACGAUCAGCUAAUUUAUAUUUUCAAUCAAAUACACUACUUUAUAAUGGUUAUUAUCGAUAUAAUUCUUCAUCAUCACCAAUAAAUUUAUUUCUUUUUCAAAAUUCUCAACGUUUUUAUUUUGGAAAUAAUUGGUUAAGUAGAAAUUUAGGUGGAACAUAUAUACAAUGUUAUAGUCAAUCAUUAUCAUCAAUAUUUAAUGGUCAUAUUUUCAAUAAUAUUUUCUAUCGAAAUAAAAAUGAUUCUGUUCUUACAUUUAAUGGUAUGGAAAUGUCAGCAUUUUGUAAUUUAUAUGCUAUACAAAAUGCUAUUAUGUUCAAUGAUGCAUAUGAUCGAAAUAUAAUUAAUUUUGAUUCAGUUGUAGCUAAUUUUAGUCGUAAUCAAGUAUAUAAUAAUACUGGUGUUAAUAUUGUAUCAAUGGUUGGUUUUGAAAAAAUAACUGCACCAUUUCCAGCUAUGGAAAUGAAUUCAUUUCGAAAUAAUCGAGCUGUUGGUCAACUUAAUCAACAAUUAUUUGAUAGAACGGGUGCUGUUAUUGAAAUUGGUAAUCCACGUCAAUUAUAUAUGUUUAAUACAUUCGAUAAUUGGGAUAGUCGAUAUGAAAUGCGAACAAAAUCACGUCUUUUUGAACCAAAUCGAAUGGAAUCUCGAUCUGUAAAUGCUUCAUUAAAUUUUUGGGGACGUAUUGGUGAUAUUGAUGAUAUUGGUGCACGAAUUUAUGAUAAAUUUGAUAAUAAAACAUUAAUAGAAGUUAAUUAUUAUCCACCUUAUCUUGAUUCUACUCGUCUUCGACAAGGUAAAUGUGAUCCAGGUUGGACACUUGAUGAUACAUUAUGUUAUAUGUAUUUUGGUGCUAUAACAACAUAUCGUAUAGCACAAGAAAUGUGUGCAAGUGUUGAUGCUCGAAUAACACAACGUGAUACACCACUUAAUCGCAUUGUUAUUCUUCGUUCAUUAGUACGAACAUCACAAUAUCAAGGUAUUAAUAGUGAUGCUGUACCAUCAUCGGGUAUUUGGUUAAGAAAAGAUCAUCAUGAAUUUUGUCGAAUAUUUAAUGAUAUGGAAACAAUGGAUGUUAGUUGUAGUUCAACAGCUGCAUUUAUUUGUGAAAAAGAACAACAAUUUGAUGGUUUUAAAUUAAUUUUUCGUAAUGAUUUACUUCUUGCUAUAGCUGGUAUAAUUUUAAUGAUUAUAUUAAUAAUAUUAUUUGUUUGUUGUUGGUUAUGUAAAUCUCGUCAACGUCGUAAAGAUAAUUUUCAUCGACAAAAUUCACUUCGUCGCAGUGUUAAACAAGAAAUAAAUAAACAAUCAACAUUAUCAUUACAAAAAAGUAAUGAUAAUACACUUAUAAAAAGUUCAACAUUAUCAACAUUAACAAAUGGUACAACAAAUAAAUUACCAUUAUCAUCAUUAUCAUUAUCAAGUCGUCCAUUAAGUAGUGUAACAAUAAAUUCUGAUAAUGAUAUAUCAACAUCAUCACCAAUUCAUCAUGAUUUUUCAAUAUUAAAAUUAAAUCAUAAUAUACCAAAAGCAUCAACACCAGCAUUAAGUGAUGAUAAUGGUUCACAACGUGCACUUGUUCUUAAUACACAUACAGAUCAAUCAAGUGUUUAUUCAACAGUUACAACUGAUUCAGCAACAUUAUAUAGAAGUCGUCGAAAAUUUGAACGUAUACAAACACCAACAAUGCCACCAUCAGCACCACCAGUUACACAUCGACGUUCAUUACGUAAUAUUAAUCAACAUAAUUUACAACAAGAUUCUACAGCAAGUGUAUCAACUGGUUCAGUUUCUCCACCACCAGCAUAUGUAUCACCAGCACAUCAAACACGUCGUUAUCGUUCUGAUCAAUUACAAUUACUUACACCAAAUAAUAAUAAAAAAACCUAUGCUAUUGGUGUACAAGUUGAUUCAUAUUCACAAGCAAGUAGUCGUAGUAGUACAAAAUAUGAACCACCACCACCACUUGAAACUGAUAUUUAA